AUGGCGGACCGGGCAGCACACGCGUCAUGGUCACCGGCUGUGCUACUGCUACUGCUGGCGGUGGCGGCUGUGCCUCUUGUAGCGGACGCCGCUGCAACGCGGAUUGACCCCGGCGAGAAGCUGUGCGUGCAGGAGGUGGUGCCGCUGCAGAGCAGCGUGACGUUCCAGUUCCAAGUCAUCGCCGGCGGGCAGCGCGAGAUCAGCGCGUCACUCGUCGACCAGGACGGGCGCGUCAUCAAGGUGUGGGAGGACGCGGCGGAGGGCAUCCACGACGUGCUGGCGCGCGACGGCGUCAAGGUGGUCACCGCCUGCCUCGACAACAGCAACGCGCACUACGUCUCCAAGUGGGUCACGUUCCACUUCCGCUACCACGUCGACUACGCGUCGGUGGCGAAGCAGUCGGAGCUCGACCCCAUCGAGCGGAAGGUCGACGGGAUCGCCCACACCAUGCGCAGCGCGCAGGCGCUGCAGAUGCAGCUACGCAUGCUUCAGAAGGAGCACCGUGCCACUAUCGAGGAGGCGAACGAGCGGCUGCUGCAGUGGGGCGUGUUCCAGGUCGUCGCACUCGUCGGCAUGAGUCUCUUCCAGCUGUACUUCCUGAAGAGGUUCCUGGAGCGCAAGUCGUUUGUGUAG